AUGCCUUCGUAUUUCCGUAGCCUCUUUGGUGGCAAUAGCUCCAAGUCCUCGCACACGAGGUCACACUCUCAGCCCCCUCCGCCUAUCUAUACGGGUGCUCCCCCGGCUGGGAUGGCUUCUGCCGCUGCUGCAGGGGCAGUUCCAGGCAUGAGCAGGAGCUACAGUCACUCCGCACGCUCGAACGCCCCCUCGCCCCUCCGGUAUGCUACGACAACAGACACACGAACCGCCUACGGCUACGGCAGGGCUCCACCAGCGACCAAGCCUCGUCCCGAGAUGCGUCCUCACCCCGCGCGGAGUGCCAGCUACAAGACGCCAGAGACCCCCCGCGCCGCGCUAUACACGCCUUCUAUGUCUUACGCGACGCCGCCGAGCUCACGAUCGAACUCGAGUUCUUCGCUCUACCCGGGCACGCCUGGGUCCCUUCCACGGACCCCCAGCUCGGAGGCAGGCCACUUCCCCGGCUCGCGCCCCCCUCUGCGCUCGAAUCACACCUGGCACCCCUCGGGCACUGCAGGCAGCUCGUCCUCCUACGGCUCGCGCGGCCGCUCGAACUCGCAGACGUCGCUCCUGCAGCAGACGCGCAGCACGACGCUGCACAUGCACCCGCUGCUCGCGCACACGCGCCUGCACCGCGCGCCGAUCACGUACGACAUCUCCUUCACGCCCUCCGCGCGCACCGUCCUCGACCGUGCGACGCACUCGGCGAUCCCCGCCCACACGCUCUCCCAGCCCGCGACGGACCCCCCGACGCCCGCCGGGGCGCGCCUCGUCCUCCGCUCGCACAAGUUCCCGUGGCCGGUGAUCGUCACCGCCUCGCACUCGUCCUCGACCCCAGCCCCGUCCUCGGGGCGCGCACGCUUCACUGUGGGCCCGCCCUCGAGCAACGGGCACGGGUCCCGCCCGAGCACGGCUGACGGCGGCGCCACGAUCACGAACCUCGACGUGCUCUACGCGGUGCACAACACGCUCAUGGUGCCCAUCACGCCUGAGGAGUGGGAGGCGCUCGGGCACGGCAGCAAGGCGCAGCAGAAGGUGACCGCCGCGUACCAGCGCCGCUGCACGCGCAUGGGCGGUGGCUGGGAGGGCGGCGUGCGCCGGAUCGACUGGCUCGGGGAGAAGACGUGGCUGAUCGGCGUCGAGGUCGACAAGGCCGCCGGCCAUGGCGGCGCGGGCAAGCUCGUCUUCGGGCGCGGGUGA